AUGCUUAUAGUAGGAAUGACUGGAAGUGGUAAAACCCAGUUCCUACUUAAUAUGAUAGACACAGAGUACAAUAAAGUUUUCGAUUAUAUUAUCAUUAUAUGUCCAACCAUAGAGUGGAAUAUGACUUACAUUAAUUGGAGUCAUAUUAGUGACCACGGAGUUAUACAAAUUCCAUGUUCACAGGAACUGACAGAUCAAGUUCUCAAGGCGGUGUCCACCAUAUUCCGCGGUACUCAGACUCUUAUCAUAGUGGACGAUUGUGCGGCAGGUCAAGCUGUAAAGAAAAGGGUCUCAGAACUGGUGCGCUUAGCAUUCUUCGCAAGACAUUACAACCUAUCUGUCAUUGUACUUACGCAACAAUUGUCAUCAGUAGCAAAGCCCUUCAGAGAGAACAUAUCCAGGCUAGUUACAUUCUACAACCCUAGUCGCAGAGAUAUGAAGGUGAUAACAGAUGACUACCUGAGUGGUGUUCCUCAAGAGACAAUCACAGAGAUUACGAAGAUAUUAAAAGAUGAAAAGUUCACCGCACUGGAUAUACUACUAUUCACCCUUACACUUACACUAUUCACCCUUACACUUACACUAUUCAUUAAACACCGCGUAAAAUAUAGAUGGGUAUCGGAAAAAUUGGACCAGAGUCUGACGACGAAAUGAUUGCAGUCGCAGUCGCAGAAGUAGAGGAGGCCGCAAAGGCACCGCAGAAAAAAGCUAAGUCUACCGCAAGAAAAACUAAGGCCACCGCAGAUAAGUCGCAAACUGAACAUAAAAGGGACAAGCUUAUAGAGCUAUCGAGGGACGGUAUAAUAGAGAAGCCCGCAAGUUUUAUAAGAAAGUCUAACAAAGAUGUUGUAGAUAGACUGUACCAUGAGUAUGAAAGUCAGAGGAUGUCGUGUGCAAGCGACUUCUUAUCAACACUUAUUAUUUCAAAGUUUGCGUCAGUCCUGGGAAGUUUUAACGCAGUGGGAUCUUCAGAGAAACUGUCAGAGGAACUACUUAGUGACAAACUUCUGAAGGACGACGUAGCAUAUCUCACAAGGACUAUUUCACCAAACAUCCCAUUCAUAGGGCUAAUAUCUGGUGGCUGUACAACUGCUAAGCAUGUAGUCGCCCACAAGUGGAAGAAGGAAGAGCAGCCUGAGGAAGUGUCCGAGGAAACUAAACAUCUUCUAUUACAUACAGAAUACCACAACUCGGAGAGCCCUACGACUGGGGAAACCCAUGGGAAGGAACAGAAUUCGAAGAAAUAA